UUUUUCCACCAAUUAAAAAGGCAAAACCCCAUGAAAAUCUUGUGAUCAUUUCACCAGCCACCAUAUUUGUAGUAGUAUAUAAACACCUUCACCAAUCACCAAACGUUUUAAGUUUUAACCCGCCAUGCCAUCUCCCUUCUCUCUCUAACUAGUAACUACAAAAUGUCGUUUUCCAACAACUUGUUAAGAUGCUUGUGUAUCGAGGAUUGCCAAACGGGAAAGUCUACACAUAGUGGCUUCUUCUCCAGUGAUCUACUCCCGUCUCUAGGAGCCAACUACAACCGUUCGGUUGCUUUAAGAAAAUUUAUAAUCAACCCUUUCGAUAGACGCUACAGGGCAUGGGAGAUGUUUCUGGUCGUUUUAGUCAUAUACUCGGCAUGGAUUUCACCGUUUGACUUGGCCUUCCUUGAUAAAAAAGAAGGUGCCUUACGAAUCUUCGACAACAUUGUCAAUGGCUUCUUUGCCAUUGAUAUCGUUCUAACUUUCUUUGUUGCGUAUCUCGAUAGCCAGACGUAUGCUCUUGUUGAUGAUCACAAGAAAAUAGCAGUGAGGUACCUGUCAACCUGGUUUAUACUUGAUGUGAGCUCAACCGUACCAUUUCGAUCUAUCAUCCUCCUUUGCACACAUAGGAAAAGCGAGAUCGGAUUCAAAAUACUCGGUAUGCUUAGAUUAUGGCGUCUCAGAAGAGUUAGCUCCCUAUUUGCAAGGCUUGAGAAGGACAUCAGGUUCAACUAUUUCUGGAUCCGUUGUACCAAGCUCGUAUGGGUGACUCUCUUUGCGGUACACUGUGCGGGAUGCUUUAACUACCUGAUAGCCGAUAGAUAUCCAGACCCGAAUAAAACUUGGAUAGGUGCAGUUUAUCCAAAUUUCAAAAGCGAAAGCAUAUGGGAUAGGUACGUAACAUCACUGUAUUGGUCAAUCGUGACUCUAACAACUACCGGUUAUGGGGAUCUUCACGCUGAGAAUACAAGAGAAAUGGUGUUCGCUAUCUGCUAUAUGCUAUUCAACUUGGGCUUGACAGCUUACCUCAUCGGGAACAUGACGAAUCUUGUCGUUCAUUGGACUGGAAACACGAGAGAUUUUAGGGAUAAAGUCACUGCGGCUUCAGAAUUUGCGAAACGGAAUCAUCUUCCAGCACAGAUUAGAGAGCAAAUACUGUCUCACAUCUGUUUAGAUUACAAAACACGCGGGUUAAAACAGCAAGAUACGUUAAACUGUCUGCCGAAAGCCAUCCGUGCAAGCAUUUCACGCCACCUCUUUUACCCGGUUGUGCAAAACGUCCAUUUGUUUUGCGGCAUUUCCCAUGAAUGCCUUUUCCAGCUGGUUUCCGAAAUGGAAGCCGAGUAUUUUCCACCAAAGGAAGUCGUGAUUCUACAAAAUGAGAUUCCGACAAAUUUGUACAUACUGGUUACUGGAGCGGUGGAUAUAAUUGCACAAAAAGACGGACAGGAUCAGAUCAUAGGAAAGGUUGUGUCGGGAGAAAUGUUUGGAGAGUCGGGAGUUUUAUAUAACACACCUCAGUCGUUCACAUUCCAAACAAGUGAAAUUUCUCAGAUGUUGCGGCUGGAUGGUUCUGCGUUACUCCGGACUAUUCACACGAAUACACAAGACGGGUUUGUUAUCAUGAAUAAUUUUUACAAGAAACUGAAAGGACUAGAAAGAAUUGGAAACGGAGAACUAUCUAUGGAGAAUUAUUUAACUGAUGUGCAUAAUUAUCGGGAUGAAAAUCAGGUUACAUGGGAACCAAGUGAAGUAGAUUAUUCAAAUUCAGGUGAUAUAAUCAAGCAAGAACGGAUAAACAAUCCUAUAUCAAAUAAGAAUGAAACGAAUGUCAACAUACCAGCAGACGAAGGUCAAACCGCUCUUCAUGUUGCAGUAAACAAAGGCCAUUUAGAAAUGGUAAGGCUUCUUCUAGAAGGAGGAGCAAAUGUAAACAAGCCUGACGUAAGCGGGUGCACACCAAAAUCGCUAGCUAAACAGCAAGAAAACAAAAGUGUGUAUGACCUUCUAUUACGUCAUGAAAAUAAGAGGAAUGAACACAAGAUAGAAUUCAUCAAGCAUGAAAGUAUAAAUAGUACACAGACAAAUCGAUACUUACCAACAACAAACAAUGACCCUUCAUGUAGUCGCAGCUGUCAUCCUGAUGGAAAAGCUAAGAAACCGAUGAAACGGGUCACCAUUCAUGCAAACUUCCGGAAGAACACUUUGGAGAAACAGCUUCCGAAGCUCAUAGUCCUACCAGAUUCAUUAGAAGAAUUAUUCAUCAUUGCAGGUCAAAAGUUUGGAGGCCGAAAUUUUGCGAAAGUGUUGAACUCAGAGAGUGCAGAAGUAGAUGAUUUGAGUGUCAUCAAAGAUGAGGACCACUUGUUUUUUUCUUCCGAAUGAUUGUUAAUGUAGGGAUUACAAUGUCACCUAGGGAGUAUGAGAAGCAGUGUAAUAGAAAUUAAGAGAGAUUAGAACAGGUAGCUUCAACAAGUUUCUAUUCAAUUGAAUUAAAAUCUAACAAAAGAUCGACAAAUUGAUUAGAAUGA